AUGGACACCCUCGUGAUGUGUGGUGAAGCUCGGAUGAUAUGGCGACUCUCUACCCUCCGCCUGGAAAUUCCAGGGGAUGAGAGGAGGGAUUUCUCUCAGUGGUGCGAACACCUUGCGCAAGCUGUGGGGGAGGAUAGCUGGUGGGAUAUCUUUUGGAGCUUGCUUUGGGGAAUUUGGCUAAGACGCAAUGCGUGGAUCUUUGAGAGUAAACGAGUUGAAAUACGGGAGGUAAUAGAUCGAGCCCUUAAAUGUACUAAUGAGUUUAAGGAAGUGAAUGUGUGUAGUGGAGAAGGGAUGGGAGGAGAAAGUAAAGGGGGCAAGAAAUGGCAGAGGCCUAGGGAAGGCACUUAUAAGCUCAACUUUGAUGCAGCAGUGUUUGAGGAGGGAAGGAUUGGAUUUGGCGGAGUAAUCAGGGAUGCUAUGGGCACUAUAGUGCUGGCGUGCUGUGGUACGUUGGUGGGAAAGUAUUCGGCUGAUGUGGCGGAGGCAUUAGCAGCUCGAAAAGUGCUGACGAUAGCGGGGGAGGCGGGAAUUCGUGUGGAUUCAGUUGAGGGAGACUGUCUCAAAUUGAUCGUGCACUUACAGAAGCAAACCGCAGAACUGUCGAGCUUUGGCAACUUAGUGCAGGACAUUCUAGCUCUUAAUGUAGUAGGGUCUUGUCCAGUUUUUCAGCACAUUUGUAGGAAUGGCAACAAGGUUGCUCAUUGUCUUGCGAAGCUAAGUAGAUCUUUUAAUACCAGCCGUGUUUGGUUGGAGGAUCUCCCUAGUGAAAUCCAGACUUGUAUUUCGGAUGAUUUGGUGAUUGAUGAAUAA